AUGAAGGCCAUCCGACGCUCCUUGAAGGGCGGCGAGAAAGAUCCCAAGCACCACCACCACCACCACAUCUCCAUCACCCCCAAGUCCGCGCUGGCCAUUCUGCCCCCGAAGAAGGUGAUCAAAGCCCUCUACGAUUACAAGCCCGACCCCGGUAACACCCAGGAAUUGGCCUUCAGCAAAGGCGACUUCUUCCACGUGAUCAGCCGCGAGGACGACUCCGACUGGUACGAGGCCUGCAACCCGCUCAUCCCAACCGCCAGGGGGUUGGUGCCCGUCUCCUUUUUCGAGAUCAUCGGCAAAAACGAACGAGAUAGUGGGGGCUCCGUCGACCAGAAAAAAGAGUCCCACGAUUCAGGCUUCGCCGACCGAAACCCUCCUUUUCACUCCGCCUCCGACUCCUCCUCAUCCAUCAACACCCGCCAGGCCGGUUUCAGGAUGUCCGCCCUCGGAAAGGGCCAGGGCGCCAUGGUCUACGGCAUCGUUCAGUAUGAUUUCCAGGCCGAACGCCCCGACGAGCUCGACGCCAAGGCUGGCGAGGCUAUUAUCGUCAUCGCUCAGUCCAAUCCGGAGUGGUUUGUCGCGAAACCGAUCGGGCGUCUCGGUGGCCCCGGCCUCAUUCCCGUUUCCUUCAUCGAGCUGCGCGACAUGCAGUCUGGACAGGCUGUGACUGAUCCGCUCGAGGCGGUGCGACGGGCCGGCGUGCCCAAGGUGGAAGAGUGGAAGAAGAUGACGGCCGAAUACAAAAAUAGCAGCAUCACACUGGGCAAGAUUGAAGCCGGCGGUGGCGGUACCAUGCUGGCUGUCGGUGCUGGCAUGGAGAAGAUGUCACUGAGUGGCCAGAGUCCUGGCCAUAUGAGCCAAAAUGGGAACUCUUAUGGCUAUCACCAGCGCGACGGCAGCAAAGGAACCAUGGCUGGACAAGCACCCAUGUCCCAGACUCCACAAAACUACAUGCUGGCACCCGUGGCCGCGUCGAUCCCGCGCUACUGCUUCGACAACGACAAGUACUGGUAUAUCAUCGAGGCGAAGAUGGAGGAUGGCCGCUGCUGGGAACUGUCGCGGUACUAUCACGACUUUUACGAUUUCCAGAUCGCCCUCUUGACCCAAUUCGAGGACGAGGCCGGCAACCGAGGCCGGCCACGGACUCUCCCCUUCAUGCCGGGCCCGGUGACCCAUGUGACAGACGCGAUUUCCAACGGCCGACGACAGAACCUGGAUGAGUACAUCAAGAAGCUCUUGGGCAUGCCGCCGCACAUUGCGCGGUGCCAACUAGUCCGACAACUGUUCGCCCCACGCCAAGGGGACUUUGAAAUCGACCCCAACGCCUUUGGCGAGGAGGCCCGGUACUCGGACAACUCACACCACUCCGCCGGCAUGGAGCAGAGCAUAUCCCACCAGUCCUCGCUGACCCAGAUGAACGCACCCCAAGACCGGGCCUCGCAGCAACAGCAGCGCGCCCAAGGGGGCCCCGGCCCCUUCAGCAACGGCGGCCCGCCAGCCAUGAACCGCCAGCCCAGCUCGCUGACCCAGGUCUCGUCGAGCUCGGGCUCCCAGGCGAUGAAAGUCAAGGUCUUCUUCCAGGACGACCUGAUUGCCAUCCGCAUUCCGUCCGGAGUCAGCAUGCAGCAUCUCAAGGACAAGCUGUCGGAUCGCCUCAAGAUCCAAGAGGAGAUCAUCGUGCAGUACCGCGACGAGUCCUCAGGCUCCUACGUCGAUCUGAUCUCCGACCAGGACCUCGAAAAUGCCAUGCAGCGGAAUACCAAGCUGACUCUCUUCGUCAGCAUCGCCUAA